GCAACCAGUGCAACCCAAAGUUGUCCGUACUCUUAUGCGCCGUCGGGAUGCUGUAAUCAUUUGGGCACGGCAAAGAGUUGCACGAGCUUGUUCUUGUGAGUCACAUAUCGCGUAAAAUACAUUGUGGUAUUCUGCGCAGAACCAAGACAGUGUCACGACGCAAAAUUUGUUUCAUGUGAACGUUCUGGGACAUUUCUUCAAGUCAAGCCGAAACCGGAGUUUAAAGAAGAAACAUGGAGUGGCUGUUCGGUCGCAAGAAAUCGCCGGAGGAGAUGCUUCGGCAGAACCAGCGGGCACUCAACAAAGCUAUGCGCGACUUGGACAGAGAGCGCGCAAAAAUGGAACAGCAGGAGAAGAAGAUCAUCAUGGACAUCAAAAAGAUGGCCAAGGACAAUCAGAUGGAUGCAGUGAAAAUCAUGGCACGAGACUUGGUUCGGACACGACGCCAAGUGAAGAAGUUCAUCCUGAUGCGGGCUAACAUCCAGGCGGUUUCACUAAAGAUCCAGACUCUUCGCUCGCAAAAUGCCAUGGCUCAGGCUAUGCGAGGCGUCACGCGUGCCAUGCAGAAUAUGAACAGACAGCUGAACCUGCCACAGAUACAGAAGAUAAUGCAGGAAUUCGAGAAGCAGUCCGAAAUCAUGGACAUGAAGGAGGAGAUGAUGAACGAUGCGAUCGAUGACGCAAUGGGUGACGAUGAGGACGAGGAGGAGAGCGAUGCCAUCGUGAAUGAAGUUUUGGACGAACUGGGUCUCCAACUCUCCGAGAAACUGACGGACCUUCCAGAAGCCGGCGGUGCGCUGAGUGCGGCGGCGCAAAAGGGCAAGGCAGUCGCAGCCCCAGCUGCUGUCAGUGACGCGGAUGCUGACCUCCAGGCUCGACUUGAAAAUCUGCGAAGAGAAUAGGCGUUCCCCUCUUUCCCAGAGUUGAUUGCGCCAAGCAUCUUUUUUAAGUCCUUGUAAAAAAAAAUAUGUUUGUUUGCUGGGGAUGUAUUUGUGAUCUUUGAAAAAAAAAACAAGCACACUCUGGUGAAGAAUGUACAUGAAGCUGGGCAGUGCUUGCUUGCCUAAUUUUUGGUUAAAAUAGUUGAUGCAUAAGCUGUGAAGCCAAGAAUGAGAACCCAUGGGGAAAUAGUACUAAUGCUUACAUAAAGCACACUUUAGAUCUAAGUUAUAUUGAUUAUCGCUAGUUGAAAGCCAUGUUGAGAACAUUUCGACCCUCAAAUUUUUGCAAGCGAUGCACCGUGGCACACACAUUCUUAUGGAAGUAGUUCCUCAAUUUAAUUUUAUCGGUUGCUUACAAUGUCAACUGAUUCAACUAGUAAUGGCAUUAUUCCUCUUGCAUGUAAGCAGCAAUAAAAACCAGAUUAGGGUGUGCUUUGAUGAGUGUAAUAUUACGCUAUAAAUCAGCCAUAUUCAAAUUAAGAAGGUAAUUAUUUUUGUGCUGCCAUUUCAUGGCCACUAAUGGAUCCACUAGCUUUCCCAAAUGAAUCGUGCUAGUUUCAUUUGGCUGCAAGCUAAGUUGUGCUUAUAUUUGUGUUGCAAUGCUAAAGCACUGCCUUGACACAUAACGAAGUAACUUGUGAUAAAUCGUGUUGAACUACAAUGUGUUGUUUUCAAUACUGAAAGAAGUGCAAAUGCCUUAGUAGGCCCAUGAAUGGACAGGAAUGAUUUUAAUGUGACGCAUCCUCUGCAGUUGUGUUGCGAUUGCUUGCGCAUUUGCUGUAAUAUAUAAUAAAACUGCUUUAUCAAAAUGUAA